AUGACGAAACGUUCUAACGAUGUCUUGGCUCCUAGCGCCAAGCGCUCUCGAAAGAUGGCGGCGCAGCCAAACGCGAUUGCCGUGAUGGCUCGUCCUGACAAGGCGUCGUCUUGUCCAGCGGCCGCAACAGUAGUCACAUCAACGGUGCUUUCCAAUCAAGAAUCUCCAACGAAAAUAGGAAGGUUGCCUUUGAUGCCAUCGAUCGCUCCAACAUCGGCGGUCGGCGCCAACAAAGUGACGAAGUAUGCAUACGACAUGGUGGAGACGUUUCGGCGUGACCCGAUUCAGUGCGAUCAAUUUGUCGCGAUCGGAGGCCCCCUUUCUCUUCUGGUCUUCAUGAAACAGUGGCAACACAAUGAAGAGGUUCAAGAAGAACUCUUCUCUUGCCUCGGCUGGUUCGUGUACUGCUUCAAGGAGAAGAAUCUCGCGGGGAAGUUCGACGUGUUCUCGUUCCUUCGAAAAGCAGGGGUUCUCGCAGCGAUUGUCGAGGUCAUGCGGCUCUAUCCCAAACGAAGCGUUCUUCAGCGCAAUGGUAUGUACAUGAUCAUGUACUUGUGCGAGUACGCUCACGGCGACAACUGCCAACAGCAGGAAAUGGCGUACGAUUUUAUCCAUGAACUCCAAGGCAUUUCGUCGAUCGUGGCGGCAUGUGUGUCGCAUCCAACAGUGGACUACGUCCAAAAGGUGGCGUGUGCUCUGCUGGCAACUCUUUGCCACUUGGGAUUCUAUAAUAUCACCGUCAUGAAAACAGAGGCCCUUCCCACUGUCGCUCUUGCCAUUGCCGUUUUCCCGCACGACGCGUUUCUCGUGAACCAAGCCGCCGACUUUACGGAAAUGGUCUUACGAGCCUACCACAAGUAA